AUGAUUUCAAGAUCAAUUCAAAUUACUAAAAAAUCAAUAAACACAACCUCAAUAAAACAAUUUUCAAAAAUUUCAAAUUUAAAAAAUACAAUUCAAUCACAAUCAGAUGCAUCAUCAACAAUUCAAAAUCAACAAUCAUCAUCAGAAAUCCAAGAACAACCUCAAUUACAACAACAACAAGAAAAUUUAGGUUCUUUUAAAUCUUUUGCUGAAUAUAGAUUAAAAGUUCAAAAUCAAUCACCAUUAGCUGUUAGAUCAAAAGAUUUUAAUGCUAAUUUAAGACAAGCACAACAUUAA